UAUACCUCAACAGCACAGUUACCAUCAGGCCAUGGCUAUGAUGGCUAACCCGUGGCUUAUGAGGGCUCACCCAUUGGCAGCUAUGAAUAGAUUUCACGGUAUGCCAUUCGACGGCGCCUUCCUACUGCCCCCAUUCCGUAAGCCUAAACGGGUACGUACGGCAUUUAGCCCUGGUCAACUACUCAAACUGGAACAGGCGUUUGAGAAAAAUCAUUACGUGGUGGGCAGUGAACGCAAACAACUGGCCACUGGGUUAGGCCUAUCGGAAACCCAAGUGAAGGUGUGGUUCCAGAAUCGGCGUACGAAACACAAGCGC